CAAGCAGGUAUCUAUGGAGAACGGAUGAAACUAUCUGAGAAUAUCACAGGCACAUUAUAAAACAUACUUAUCUCCAGACAUUCUGGAACAAUCAUAUGGCGAACGAUGCCUUGUGGUGCUUCUGCCCGACGUGACGGCUCGGACACACGCACGUUCUCAUUAUAGCGACAUAUGCACAAGGAACAGGCUGAAAGCAUUGGCAGUUUGUUCCCAUAUCGCCUGUCUCUUGGGCAUACUUAAAGGCUGCGCACAGUGGUAUUGAUGCUGGUGGGACUUUUAUUCUCUCGCCGACUCUAGCUAUGUUUGCCUCCAUCGGUUUUCUCGCGCUGGUGGUCUCCUCCACUUUAGGGUUGGACAUAACUCAGAUUCAGGGGCCAGCCUGGCAAUCGCCUUUCGUAGGUCAGACGGUCACCAACGUUUCUGGUAUCGUCACUGCAAAGGCUAGUAAUGGAUUCUAUAUUCAAGGUGCACCUUCCGGCGAUAUACGAGCCUCGACUGGUCUAUUCGUCUUUUCUACUUCGACAACUGUAUUGGGAGCGAUCAAUGUCGCAGAUCAUAUCUCGUUAGCUGGGAAAGUCGUCGAAUUCCGAUCUAGUACCAGUCCAGAUGAUCUUUCUGCGACUGAAAUGCAAUCUCCUACGAACAUUGUGGUAUUGUCCUCGAACAAUUCAGUCGCACCGCUCAUCCUGGGUGUGGAUCGAAGCCCACCAACACAACAACUCUCUGCUCUGGAUGUGGGGCCAGAUGGGUUCUUGUCUGUCCCGAAUAACCAAUCUCGCAUCGAUUCUACGAAUGCCACCUUGCAACCGGACAAGUUCGGCUUGGAUUUCUGGUCUAGUCUCGAGGGGCAGCUGGUGACAGUCAAAAAUCCUGUAGCAAUCAACUUUGAAAACAGAUUUGGAGAAUUCUGGAUACACGGCGACUGGCCGGUGACCGGGAAGAAUGACCGAGGUGGAAUAACUAUGACAUUCGGGCCGCAUGGCCUGCCAGAUGCGAAUCCUGAAGUUGUCAUAGUUGGUUCGCCUCUGGAUGGCACAAAGAACCCCAAGGUUGCUGUGGGCAAGACCUUCCAGGAUGUUACCGGAGUGAUACAAUACCAGUUUGGGUUCUACUACAUCUUGCCGCUUACCGCGCCCACCGUAGUUUCUUCACCUGAUCCCACGAUACCUCCUACGACAUUGGCUUUCUCAGGUGACUCUUGUGUUAUAACUAUUGGUGACUACAAUGUCGAGAACCUAACGCCAACUGGCGCCACACACCUCAAUACAGUCGCAGGCCACAUUGCCAACAGUUUACUUACACCCGACGUCAUGUUCGUCCAGGAGAUUCAAGAUAAUUCCGGUGCAACAGACGAUGGUGUUGUCUCCGCGAACGUCACACUCUCGAACUUGAGCAAUGCUAUUGCCAAGGCCGGAAAUACCACGACAACUUACAGUUUCGUUGAAGUUGUCCCUGUGAAUGACCAAGAUGGUGGUCAGCCUGGCGGUAACAUUCGACCAGCGUAUUUGUAUCACUCAGAUAGGAUCAAGUUAGUGUCAGGAUCUCCUGCCGGUGGUCCUCUCGAUGCCACCGAGCCAAUUAUUGGAUCCGAUGGCAAGGUUUCCCUAACGUUUAAUCCGGGACGUAUCGAUCCAACCAACUUAGCUUGGGAUUCUAGCCGUAAACCAUUAGUAGCCGCUUGGGAAACCUCUUCGGGUGCUAGGUUCUUUACCAUCAAUGUUCAGCUGGUGUCCAAAUUGGACAGUUCAUCUACGCAAGGAAACUCAAGACCGCCAGUGAAUGCCGGUGUUGAACAACGGACGAGCCAAGUCCAAGUUAUCGCAGCAUUCGUGAAAUCGCUAUUGGACUUGGACCCUCAUGCCAAUAUCAUACUCGCCGGGGACUUCAACGAAUAUGUUCAAACUCGCUCCGUCUUCUCCUCUUUCGACGGCCUCUUGUCUGAGCUAGAUGAAAUCUCUGGCAUCGAUCCAGUCGAACGAUACACCUACGUUUUCGAUCAGAACACGGAACAACUGGACCACAUUUUCGUCUCAAGUGCUAUAGCGAAAAGGGGAACGGAGGUGGAACAUAUUCACGUCAAUAAUUGGGCAAGCACCUUGAGUGCGAGGACCAGCGAUCACGAUCCCAGUGUAGCUCGAUUGAAGGUGUGCUAACUUCCGUAUUUAUAGAUGCAGUUAUACCCUGUAAGGUUAUCUACGUAUCUAUUCGUCAAAUUCCAGGCCCUCAAACCAUGACUCAUACUUCUCAACGUCCAUCAGAAUACUCUUCGCCUCUCCUUUAGCCAUCUCAACCGAAUCCUUGCCGAGGGUAAAUCUCAAGGAAGGCUCAGGUUCUACAGUCAGAUCGUAGAUCCUCUGUACUGCCUUCGACGUACUCGCACCCUUUGACUUGCCAUCGGUGAAGUACGCAACCGAUGCAACGCUCGGAAGAGCCGGCUUGGUGUAUGCAGGAUGGAUAUAAACCUGAGCGGCCAUUUUAUCGGCAGCUCGUGUGACGAAACUCCCAGUCUCCAGAAUGGUAACCUAAAUGCGCUAGAAAUACUUGAACUCCUCCCGCAGGGAACGACAUACCUUGAUGUUCUAUUCUGGAUCGAGUCCUUGUGCGAGCGCCGCGGUUAGGCCUUCUAGAGUCAUAAAGUCAAACGUACACU